AUAAACUCAUCUCAAUUUUAGUUAGCUCUGUAUUUUAGUGGGUUCAACAUUGCUGUUGAAGAUGAAUAUAAAAAAAAUUAAGGUUCCUAAGUUUUUUAAAUCCGUGAAAUAUUGUUUAGGGGCGGUAAACUGUUUAUAUUUGUUAACCGGAAUCACUUUACUUCUCUGUGGAGUAACAGUACUAGUAAAAUUUAAGCAAUAUGAUCUGUUUAUUACACAAAAGUUCCACAAUGUGCCAUCUUUCGCUAUAGCUACUGGUACAAUAAUAAUAUUAUCUUCAGCACUCGGAUUUUAUGCAGCCAUAUCUCAAGAUUUCCACUAUGUGGCAGGGUACGUAGUGGUGUCUGCGGUGGUGUUAAUAUUUGAAGUGGCGCUAGUCACAGUCAGUUACGGGUUGUGGAACAAUGUCGCCACUUUGAUAAGGACCCCUAUGACUCAGACCAGGCUGCUCUAUGGAGAAAGGAUUGAGGUCAAUGCUGCUUGGGAUCGGUUGCAGACGGAAUUCGAGUGCUGCGGUGUGUCUGGCAGGCACGAUUGGCGCGUGGGCGAGGUGCCGGUGAGCUGCUGUCACAUAGACUACGGCACCGUGUCGCCGUUCUAUUGCACCCAGGCCAAUGCGUACACGACAGGCUGUGGCCGAGCGCUCGGCGAUUGGCUCUCCUUCAACGCUUAUUCGAUGGCUGUCACCUCCUUGGUUGUUAUCUGUUUUCAAGUACGUAUACCUCAGACGUAUACAAUUAGACGGACGACCUCCGUGGUCGAGUGGUUUGUACGCCGGGUUUCAUGGUGUCGCCGACUCGAGAGGUCCCAGGUUCGAAUCCCGGUGGGGGCAGAUGUUUGUGUGAUGAAUACGAGCAUUUGUACUCCAGUCAUGGAUGUUGUAGGCGACGCACCAUUAUUUUAUAGUAUUUAAUAUUUUAUAACACAAAAAAUUGUAAAAGAAAACCUUACUUUAAUUUUAACGCUCAUCUACUAAACGUAAUCGAAAACCGAUGUACUUGUUCAUUGACAAAUAAAGUAAUGCGCUGCCGAGGAGCUACCGCGUGAUUGGUGCUAAUAUCGGGCCUAACGCCCCACUAUGCCUCUGUUGCAUUUUCGGCCAUUACAAGUGAGCUCAACCAGUAUCUCUUCGAACGCGCCAUCUUUUUUCCGGC